AUCAUACCUCAGGCUUUAGUGAUUUGCACGCAUAGACGGUUCUUAUGAAUCACAAACAAAAUGUCAAGUGAUGGGAAGAAGAGUACAAAAAGACAUCAUGUUGAAAAUAGAGAAAAGAGAAAAUAUUCUGUAGAUGUUGAAGAUGAGGAUAAUGAAAUCAAAAAGAAAAGGAAGCACCACUACAAAGACUGGGAUCAAUCAUCAUCAAGCUCUUCCUCCUCUGAUAGCUCAUCAUCAUCAUCAUCGUCAUCAUCAAGUGACUCAGAUUCAUCUUCAGAUGAGGAUGUCCAGAGAAAACACAACAGAAAACACAAACAUAAAGACAAACACAAAAAGAAGAAGAAUAAGAGAAGGAAAAGUAAAGAGGACAAAGGCCCAGUCCAACUUUCAAAGUUUAUCAAAAAUAAACAUAAGAAAGGAAAUCGUGAUGAGAGAAGUGCUGUGUCCGGGCAGAAAAUACACAGAAAAUUAAAGAAAUCCAAAAUUGAUAAAAUGCGAGACAAAAGUCGAGAAGAAAGACUCAGUUUUCUGAAUGCAACUAUGUGAACCAUAGAAAAAGGGGGACUACUCUUUUGACAUUUUGUAUUGUAUGAAGUAGAGUUCUUGUUCUUGGUUUGCUAAAGCUCAAUGGGAAAUGUUGUUUUUGAAUGAUUGUUAAUUUUUAUAUAAUAGUAAGUUAUUAAAUACCUUUUAGUAUUUAUGGGCUGGGUAAAUAAUUUUGAAGUUUAUGUGAAAUUUAUUAAAUUUUAGCUAAAUA